UCGUUCCAGCCGCUCCACCGCCAGCGCAGUGGCAGCGGGUACCACCAACAUGUCCUGAACACGGUGCCGGAGACGGCUAUGCUGACAACGCCCCCGCCAAUCCGUAAACCGCUCACAAUACAAAUUGCUGGCGUUGCUGAGAACAAACGCAGAUACAUCCCAGCGCGGAAAAAGCCGAAGAGCGCAAUGAAAAUGCUCGUGGACACGGAGCGGGAGGAGGCCCUGAAUCUGCAAAUUGAAUUCGAAUGGGUGCUGCGGCAAGAAGUACACGCGAUAUUGAAACAACUGCGAACCAUUCUGGUGGAGUGUGCGCAUCGAUUUCCUGUGCCGCUCUACGAAAAUGAGGGAAAGAAGACUGAAAAGUUCAUACUCACCGUGUCGCCCGAUCAGCUGAAGGCGGUCCUAACCCUAACGGGCGAUGCCAUAACACAGGCGGAUAUUAGCUUUAAGCUGUGCAAAGCUCCAAGCCAAACGCAACGUACCUCAAUCACACAAGACUCGCCAUGGAAGCUGCAGCAGGUUCAGGAUGCCGCUAAUCAUCUACAGACAGCAAUCAAUCACAUUGACGACGUUGAUGACUCUUAUCACUUCAAAACCUCCGAUGAAGUACUGCAUGUGAUAGGCAACAUUCUGGAUGCGUUGCAGCGGGGCCGCAAUAGUCUGCUGGUGCCUAAGAAGAAGCCGAUCGACGAGCUCAUCAAGGGGCGAAACAUGAAGUCGCUGGUGCCCAACCUCCCCGAGGAUCUGGCGGUCAGCUUCUAUUUGCAAAGCCACAAGCUCAUCAUUGCGGUCUAUCAGCUGCUUAACAACCAGGGCACGAUGCGGUUCGACUCCCGGCAGGCCGAGGCCUCUGUACAAUGGCUUAACGAUGUGCUGCUGCUGCUGAUGAAUGGCCAGAAACUGUGCCAGCAAUUAAAAGACAAGAUUUCUGUGUUUUCGGUGUAUAAAGAUUUCACAGUCGGCUCCCGGUCGCCCUCGGCAUUGUCGUACUGA